CACACAGACAUCUUGCUCUCAGGGGUGAGAUUUUCUUGGAGGUCUGCUUUGGAGCAGAGAACUGAGACAUACUAUACUAGAUAUAGUACUAUUGUGCCUCAGUUGAAAUAAUGGCUUCAUCACUGUCCUUGCAUAUCCAGUGUCCAGUGUGUUUAUGUGACUUUGUCGAUCCGGUGAGUCUGCCUUGUCAGCACUCCUACUGCCGUCAAUGCAUCACCGGGCACGCCAACACCAGCCUCGGACCCAACCAGUGUCCAGAAUGCAGACAGGGCUUCUCCAUAGCAGACAUCAAGCCAAACCGGGUCCUUGGGAACAUCACCGAAUCCAUCAGGAAAGGCAAUGCCAGCUCGACUGGUCAUGCUCAGCCUUUGCAACCCCCGGUUUCCCCUGAUGGUGACCUUAUGUGUAAGGAGCAUGAGGAGAAGAUGAAACUAUUUUGCGAGACGGAGCAGAAGCUGAUUUGCCUCAUCUGUAGAGAACAGGACAAACAUCGGGGACACACGUUUAAACCACUGAAGGAGGCGUCGGAGAAAAGCAAGGGUGUGGUGAAAGGAGUUCUGGGGUUUGUGUGUAAAGAGAAUAAAGCUCUUGAGGACCUCAUCACACGACAGCUUGGUGAGAUAUCCAAAUGUGAGGAAAAAUGUGAUGGGCUUCAGACUCAGAUGUCGUCCCAGUUCGAGAUGCUGCAUGAGUUUCUGAGGAGGAGAGAGGCGCAUAUGAAGAAGGAGCUGGAAGAAAAGAGGAAGAAAUCUGUGACGGCUAUGCAGGAAAAGCUGGCAGACAUCCAGGCAAAAGCAGCCGAUAGCAGAGAGAAGGAGGUGAUCCUGCAGAGUGCCUUACAGAUUCCCAGACCCGACCACUUCCUGCAGUGGUGGCAAGACAAAGGAUUUCCUGUGACAGAGGGAAUGAAAGAAAAGCAAGGUGGACAGAUAAAGUUGAAGUCAAAGGUCAAGAACCUGGUGGUAACUCCUGACUCUGUGUCUAUGGGCCCCUAUGAGACACACAUGUCCUACUUUGUUUGGAAGGAUGUGCUGCAGACCAUACAACCAGGUCCUAAACGUGUUACCAUUAAAGACCCAGGAGACUCCUACCUCAAGCUGUCCCCUGAAGGACACAGCAUCCGGCAGGCAGACAGGUCUGGUGGCAUGUACAAAAACUACAACCCAUGUUCUAGCACCAUCGAGACCUUCCAGACCGGUAGACACUACUGCGAGCUGGAGGUUGGGGGCAAGCUAGACUGGAGCAUCGGCAUAAAGGCAGAGUCGACAAAAGGUUCUCCACUUCAUCUGCCAGAGAAGGAAAUACAGCUCCACCUUAAGAAGGGCGACUUUGUCUUCUCCCAUGAUGGUGUGGAGUCUCCUGUCUCAGACCUCAACACUGACAAACCUGCCAGGAGGAUUGGCCUGUACCUGGACUGUGAUGGUCAACAGGUGUCUUUCUAUGACGCUGACACCAUGACGCUGAUAGCCUCGUCCUUCUGUAGCUUCCUCCAGCCGUGUUCCAUCUCUGUGUGUCCAGGUCUCUACAAGGAGGGCAAGAACAGCGACCCCAUCACAUUCUACUGGCACUGAUGCUUUUGAUUUUAUCUCAUUGAAUUCAAAUUCAGUUGAAUUUAAAUGUGUGGUCGUUGUCAAAUAGGUGCCUGUAGCAUAUAAAAGAUAGACAUUAGUGUAAAUGACUGGCAUAUACAACCUAUUGAACUCAGCACCACACCAUUCCCAGUGUGCUUGAUUGGCCUUGUUCCAAGAUGUGAGUGAAUGUGUGUCUGGAUGUAUGAAUGUGAGGUAUAUUGUAAAGCACUACGUACAUCAUUGAAAGUUGUCCAAAUAAAUAAGUGCUACCCUACAACACUAAGUAGUAUGUAACUCUGACAUCUAUUUAGCAACAAAAGUUGGAACCACACCAAUUACAGUUCACAAGGACUUUUGUACCUUGUCAAUAUGAUGUUAAAAGAAUGCAGCUACAGUAAGUUACUAAAUUGUACCAGGGAAUUUGUGGUUUUGAGUAUUUUUGCUUGUUUUUUUAUUAUUAACAUUCAGUCUUUGGUUUUGUAAAUUAAUUUGAUAUUUUCUUUCUAUUUGGGUUGUUUGAGUGGAGUCCAUAACCUCGGCAGGAUUUUAAGAGUGUUAUGGCAUAAUCACACCCCAUAAGUUGGAACCCAUGUCAAUACUAGCAUGUGUGUUAUUUACUGUAUGUGUAAAUGGUGCAUUUUGAUUGGAAAGGGCCCUUCCCCCAUUAUACUUAAUAAAAUAAUAUUUUUUUUAUUUUAUGUAAUUCUUAUGUAAUUACUAACUGUGUAAUUGUGAUUAUUGCCAUAAUGGAGUUUGUGUAAAGAAAGACAUCCUUUCUUCAUUUGAAACUACCAUUGUUUGGCUCUGGCUACAUGUAAGCAUAUUCCUCAACCUGUUUGCUCCUGGUAUUUCACAUUAGCGGACGCAUGACCACUCAAAGAUCCCUCUUGGCUCCUGUGGACAAUCAUGAUUUACAGCACCUGCUGGCAGACGUUCAUGGUUUACAACACAAGAGCCGGACAUAUUUGUUAAAGGAGAAAGGCUCAAUGUAGUAGAUGAUUUUAAAUAUUUAGGGGUCGACUCUCAUUUAACUUUUAAAAAACAUAUUAAAAAGGUUAAUGGUAGGGUUAAAAGGAAUCUUUUUAAUUUCAAGGUGAUAAGGAAUCAGUUGACUACAGAGGCAGCCAAACUUUAUUUCCACUCUAUGAUUUUAACACAUAUUUCUUAUUGCUUGACCACCUGGUCCCAAGCAAGUACAACUGCCUUGUCACUGAUUUACAAAUCUUACAAACAGGCACUAAAAAUUCUGGACAAAAAAAUCCAACAUAUCACUGUCCCAUCAUCCAGAAGUAUGGUUUAUUUAGUCUAGACAAUUUUAUUUCUUUUUCAAAUUGCUGUUUAUUUUUUUAAAUUGUAAAUGAUCUUGCUCCCCCUCCCCUUAAGCAAUUUGUGAGUCUGAGCAAACCCACAAAUAAUACAAGAGCGUCAUUUAGGGGGGACUGCCUAAGUGUGUUUAGAAAGUCCACUUUUGGACAAAGUGCCUUCUCAGUGAAAACAGUAGGGGUAUGGAAUAGUAUCCCUGUAAAUAUUAGGCAAAGCAAUACGCUAUAGUUUUAAAUCAGGUCUUAAGAAAUGGCUCAAAGCGGGGCAGCACUGUGGACAUUUUUAGUCAUUGAGCUUGUGUUUUGUGUCUUGUUGUUUAUUUUAUCAUAUAUCUAGUGUAUUUUGCUGUUGUAGUUGUUUUUUUUAACUAUGUACUUGACCUUGUAAUAUAAUGUAGGCCUAUUUACAAAUAGUGCACCCAUUGUAUUAUUGUCACAUUUUUGUAUCAUUAUUAAUUUUAAUCCCUUUUCAUCUUAACACCUUUCUGUCCAGGGACUACAGAUGAAAAUUAGCCUUAGGGCUAUAA